UUUCAAGCUGCAACGGAAACUGCGCGAGACCACGGGGCGAGCAGUUAUUUAAAAACAGCAAGUUACAUCCCUUCGAAUAAUUAUAGGAGACUGGUUAGGCUGUAUUUUUGAAAGGUGAAGUGCUGUCGUUUUGACAUUUGUCUUUUUUUCUGUUUUUCGUUGAUUACACGUUACAUUUAAGACGUUUUGGCUUCGUUUCUCCAAAAGAUCGAAUUAAAAACGGGAAGGAGGCAACGCCUGCUUUGUGACUGAUGCGCCUGUCACUGUAGCGUUUUUGUUGUUUGAAAGGUCUCGGAUUUUGUGAAAUUUUGGGAUUCUAUUCGGCGACUUCAAGAAGCUCAUCGAUGCUGUGUCUCCAGGCGGACCAACGCCUUUUCCGCCUCUCUUAAGUCUUUUGAAUCGUAGAAGCAGUCGGUCCGCAAGCAAGGAGUGUUGGGCUUUAUUCUAAGCUGACAUUUUAUUUUUCUUACGAAGGAAAGGGAAAUUAUCUAAAAAUCCAACAUGGGUUGCACUCUUAGCGCAGAGGACAAGGCGGCCGUGGAAAGGAGUAAAAUGAUCGAUAAAAAUCUUAAGGAAGACGGCGAGAAGGCUGCUAAAGAGGUGAAGCUGCUUCUGUUGGGUGCUGGAGAAUCUGGGAAAAGCACUAUAGUGAAACAGAUGAAAAUAAUUCAUGAAGAUGGGUACUCUGAAGAAGAAUGUAAACAGUACAAGGUCGUUGUUUACAGUAACACUAUUCAGUCCAUUAUUGCUAUAAUUAGAGCAAUGGGAAGACUUAAGAUUGACUUUGGUGAUAAUUCCAGAGCAGAUGAUGCCCGUCAGCUGUUUGUGCUUGCAGGGACAGCAGAGGAAGGAAUUAUGACUGCUGAGUUAGCUGGUGUGAUCAAAAGGCUCUGGCAAGAUGAUGGAGUGCAGACUUGCUUUAGUAGGUCAAGGGAAUACCAGCUGAAUGACUCUGCGUCGUAUUACCUCAAUGACUUGGAUAGAAUAUCCCAGGCAAGCUACAUCCCAACUCAACAGGAUGUUCUUCGUACCAGAGUUAAAACUACAGGAAUUGUUGAGACUCACUUUACUUUCAAGGAUCUCUAUUUCAAAAUGUUUGAUGUUGGAGGUCAAAGGUCCGAGAGAAAAAAAUGGAUUCAUUGCUUUGAAGGUGUGACAGCCAUAAUAUUCUGUGUUGCUCUCAGCGACUAUGACCUUGUUUUGGCAGAGGAUGAAGAAAUGAAUCGUAUGCAUGAGAGCAUGAAGCUGUUUGAUAGCAUUUGCAACAAUAAGUGGUUCACAGAAACCUCAAUUAUUCUGUUCCUUAAUAAGAAGGACUUGUUUGAAGAAAAGAUUCGCCAAAGUCCAUUGACCAUAUGCUAUCCAGAAUACACAGGGUCUAACACAUAUGAAGAGGCAGCGGCAUAUAUCCAAUGCCAAUUUGAAGAUCUCAACAGAAGGAAGGAUAUAAAGGAGAUCUACACACACUUUACGUGUGCUACAGACACAAAAAAUGUGCAGUUUGUGUUUGAUGCUGUGACAGAUGUGAUCAUCAAAAACAAUUUGAAAGAGUGCGGCCUUUACUGAAGUUUUUUUUGGAGAAAAUGAAGAUGGAACAUUUUAGUAGGAUCAUUUCUGAAGAGGGCUAAUACUGCUAGCCCCAGUUCCCUCAUACCUAGAACACUCAGGAACCCUGUCAGUUUUUGGAUGGAACCUCACUUCGCUAUCAUCGGGAUGUCACAUAUGUUUAAGCAGUUGUAGAGUCCUGCCAAAACUUUAUAUGUGUUUUAAUGUAAUAUGAGUACCAAUUUGUUUUUUUUUUCCAGUUUAUAGGUAGCAGUUAAUUUCUCCUACUUUUUACCUAAUUUUGUGAACUUACCCCUCCAACCAGAGCCAAUCAGUAUUUCACGGAAGUGCAAAAAAUUAUAACGGUUCUUCUGGAAAGAUCUUGAAAGCUUGUUUAAUUAGAAAGGAAAAUAAAAUCCUUCGUUCUAGGUGUUCUUUUGGAAUGAAGCAUGAAAAUAGCCUGAAUAUCACUAUUUUUGACAGCAAAGGAAAGUUACUGCUGCUGUUUUAGUAUUUUAAAUACAAAGACCAAAUGUUAACACAAGCUGCAUGCAGAAUCUUUUAAUUCUUUUUCUCAGUUGUGCAUUACAGAAUGCCUUUUGUUCUACUUUUUUAAUCAAAUGAUAAAGCAACCAUUUUUGUUAAUUACGAAAAUAUGUAUAUAAAAUGUAAAUUCAUUGUAGAACGUGCUAAUUUGCCAAUGUGUGCAGGUGCCAUCUUUUAAGCAAUUUUCUAAUUUGUUUAAUGAAGAAAUCCUAUUGUUUCCCAGUUUGUUGUCUGCCUUUGCCAAAUUCUGCCAUUUUAAAAUGUAUUACUUUACUAUGCAUUUUGACCAAAGUGUUCUGAAACCGAUUUUAAGUGUGUGUUUGCAGAUUAUCCUGUUUGGGAGGAAAUUGGCCUUCCACCAGUUUGACUUUUUGUUUAACUAAGCAAAAUAUAUCUUUUCUCAAUGAUAAAACGCAAAGUCAAUGAUAAUGCAAGGUUGCUUGAUCUCUCCUAUAGUAACAGAAAAAAUGUGGAAAUAGCUGAUUGUUUCUCUUAUAUUCUCUUACUGAAUUGCAUUGAUGAAUAUGGCUCUUUUUAGAAUGUUAUAAUUUAGAGUGCAUAUUCAUACUAUUUAUAUGAACAAGUAUUAGAGAAGGUUUCUUUUCACCAUCAUAGCAGGGAAGUAGAUGCACACAAGCAGAGAAAAAUGUGCCUACUCUUCCUUUUUUUUCUAUUUAAUUUUUUGCCAAAACCAGCAUGGUUGUAUUUUUUUUUCCAAGGCUAGUAUAAUUUGCAGGGCAUCGGUGUUUUCUCUAUACAUUUAUGCAAAAAGAUGAUUUUGAAUACAAUAUGCACAAUCAAUAAGUUUUUUUUUUUUUAAUUAAAUGAUAAAGAAUUAAGAGACAAAUGAGCAACUAUGUUUUUGGUUUCUUUAACCUGUGCUUUGGUAAUCACUUACUUAUUGCAGUUCCUUUUUUAAAGUCUGCUGCUUUGUACAUCUAUGCUUUUGUACAAUGUAAUGCUUCAAGAGCUCUUUCUGUUAUCGCCUGUAACUAUCUCCUGUGUGUGCUUCUUUUUUUAAAUUAAAUUCCAAGGACUUUUAAGCCCGAAAAUUGUACAUUUGUGGGGAAGGCUUCUCAAAGAAUACAGGCUUAGUAUUUAAUCUCUGCUUUAGAGUGAUUGCAGUAGAAGUGUAUUUGUUUCCUUUAACUUUUUACGUACUGAUGUUAUCAAGAGGAUGUCUUUUUGGACUUUUGAAAUUAACCUUAAAAUGGCUAUGAGAUUCAUAAAGUACUACCACUGGUAUAUUCCAGAGAGCAGCAAAUGGGUCUGAAAUCAAAUUUAUGUAUAAUAUCUAUCCAUAUAUAUAUAUAUAUAUAUAUAUAUAUAUAUAUAUUCAUUUGUUUUUCAUCUUCUAUAAGUGAAGUAUUAUCUUCAGAAUUGAGUGCAGUUGUACAGUUUGUUGCCAUUUUGUAAGGUCUGUCUCUGAACUGGGAAAACAUUUCUGUAAUUAGGAUUUAACCCUAUUUCUAUAGAACUCAUUGCACAAAGAGCUAUAAUCACUUGCAGGAUGUUUAAGUGCACAUGUGGGUAAGUAUUUAAUUUUUGCCAGUUUUACUGUUCUGUGGUUCAUACUCUGUGAAAUAACAUUAACUUGGUGAAUGACAGAAAAAGCACAAUUAACUGUUUUGCUUUUGGGAUUUUUAUUUUUUCUUUAAGUUGUUCUGUAGAUCUCUUUGUUGACUGCAUCAUCUGAUCACACACACACACACACACACACUCCCAAAUGUCCAACUUUCAUUUCUGGACAUGUCGACCAGUGUUAGUUGUGUUUCAUACAAUAAAAAGCUUAAAAAUGGUUCUGUCAGUGUUUCCCAGUAAACAUUUUAGCCGCAUUGAUAUUUGUAAAGUAGCUGGAAUAGCAAAUAUGCAGGACUGCAGUUUGCAUUGAAUGCCACUUUUGAGAAAAAUGUAAGAUGCUGUAUUAUAUCGACUGUUUUAUUAUGCCUGAAGCUUAUUUGCUUAUUUAAAAAUAAAAAGAGAACCUUCAUUCUGAAAUGUAAAA